AUGGAAUUUCUGAAACAGUUUUUUAAUUUUGACCCACCGAAGGACAGUAAAGUAACGGGCCAUUGUAAGCGCUGUAGUCGCAAGUAUACCGAUAAAGUUGGUUCAACUGGAAAUUUUCAUAAACAUCUGGAUCGACGGCAUAAGGAAGAAUAUAUGCACAGCCGUGGUCGCAAUGCUAUUGGCUCAGAUAAUGGGGGACAGGAGAAUAUUGAGUAUCAAAGUACUGAUUAUGAUGCAAAAAUCAAUGAAUCAAUAGCCACAAAUUUAAUAGUGAAAUGUAACUUGCCUCCUUCCAUGAUUGAACACGGUGGUUUUCGAAGAUUCAUGAAUGUGGUCGCGCAUAAAUGGAAACCAUGUUCAGCACGUUUCAUGAAAGUUCAGAUAAUUCCAUCUUUGUAUGCUUCCGUCAAAGGGAAGGUUGAUGCAAUGCUCAAUGAAAUCGAUCACCUUUCAGUGACCAUCGAUAUUUGGAGUGACCGAAGAGCAAAAGCGUUCUUAGGAAUUACUGGGCAUUUUAUCGAUGUUGAUUUCAAUUCACAUGCCGUUUUAUUGAAAUUUGUGCGACUGAAAGGAUCACAUACAGCUGAGAACAUUCGAAAUAUCACAAAAGAUAUUCUAGAGGAACUGGGAAUCAGUGGAAAAAUCUAUCGAAUAAUCACGGACAACGCACCAAAUAUGGUUAAGGCAUAUAAAUUCGGACUGACAGUUAAUGACGAGAACGAUCUAGAAGAUCUCUCUCAGGCCAGUGAUGCUUCCGAAAACGUUUCAGAACGCGAUAGUAUCGAUGAAUCUGAUUCUGAAACGGAAUGGACACUCCUUGAUCCUAUUGAUGACAAAGUUGACAGAUCAAAUGGAGCUGACGAGACAAACGUGCGACUCUCUUGCUUCGCACACAGUCUACAGUUAGGAAUUCGAGAUGGGUUGAACAAGAUACCAUAUCUCUCUAAAACUUUGUCGAAAUGCAAACAGCUUUCAAAAAAGUCUCAUAAGUCAUCGAAAGUUACUGAUCUCUUGGAGGAUGUCGAUAAACGGAUAAGUCGAUCGAAUAAAACACGAUGGUGUUCUGAAUAUUUUCUUAUUCAGUCAAUUCUUCGAUUGGGAAAAAAAACUGUUGAAGAUAUUACUAAUACUAUCGAUGAUGACACGCUCAGCUUUAACAAUACAGAUUUCACCAUACUCGAGGAGGCUGUUGAUGUGCUUGAGCCGUUUGCCGAUAUAAGAACUGCUUGUCAAUCUGAAACUACAACUACGGUCAGUAUGGUUGUACCCGCAGUUGUGCAUAUAAUACAUCAUUUGAAACAAAUGAAAGGCAAAGUGUCAUUAUUGAAAACGUUGAUAACUCAGUUGGAACAGUCAAUGAAUACUCGCUUCGCUGGAAUUGUGAAGCGACUAUCUCUCCAACAAGUCCUUGAUAGCGAUCCGUUCAAUGAUCCGUUAUAUUUUGUUGCAACCUUAUUAGACCCAAAAUUUAAGUUUCAUUGGAUGUACUUGAUGGAUUAUACUGCAUCAAUGGAAUCUAAACUAAAGCAUGCAAUGAUAAAUUUAGUACUAGAUGAAUGUGAAAGUGAACGGAAUCGUGCUCAACAGAUGGACCAGUCAUCAUCACAGCAUACUUUCUUGAGUGGCGAUGAGAACUCAGGACAGUCCGCUGUAAACGUUAAAAAACGAAAGUUGUUUGAAUAUGAUGAUAAUGAAGGAUCCGUUUCAUCACAUACAGAAGCCAGUCCAGCAGAUAAAUUGACAAAAUAUAUCAGCGAAACCUCUCGCAAUAAGUCCCUUUUAUCAUGGAAAACUAGUGUCCCAUCUUUACUAUCGAACAUUGUCAAGAGGGUUUUUUCCGUCCAAGCAUCAUCUGCUCCCAUCGAGCGUGCCUUUAGUCAGUCCGGAAUCGUCAUGUCACCUAGAAGAACAUCGAUGGGAGAUGAACUCUUUCAGUCUUUAGUAUUUCUACGAGUUAACCAGAACCUGCUGUAG